UGAAAUUACGGGUUACAGCCACCUAAUAUGUGUUUGUGAUCUAUUCUGUAAUAAAUAGACGUUUUCUUGAAAUUCUACGGUACGAUAAAAGUGUACGGUUCCUCGAGAAUUUAGAGCAAAGAAAACAGUAUCCUGUACCUACUUAGAUAAUAUAUAAGAUAAGCAUAUUGCUGCGUGUGUUGCAAAUUGUAGAUACUAGCUAGAACUACGUUAGUACGCUACUAAGAAAUGGUGGGGUCAAGAGUUUACGUCGGCGGUCUGCCGUUCGGUGUCAGAGACAGAGACUUGGAGAAGUUUUUCAAAGGGUUUGGGAGGAUCAGGGACAUACUUAUCAAGAAUGGAUAUGGUUUUGUGGAAUUUGAAGACUACAGAGAUGCAGAUGAUGCAGUCUAUGAACUCAAUGGCAAGGAUUUACUAGGAGAAAGGGUGACGGUGGAGCGCGCGCGAGGCAUGCCGCGCGGCUCGGACCGCUGGCGCAGCCGCGACCAGCCGCCGCCGCGCCGCCCGCCGCCGCCCCGGCCCGGUCGCGAGGCCCGGGACCAGUCUGUAUUACACGCACGAAAGAACCAAGAUGACAAUUACAGAUAUGGGCCGCCAACGAGAACGGAGUACCGGCUCGUCGUCGAAAAUCUGUCUAGCCGCAUUAGCUGGCAGGACUUGAAGGAUUACAUGCGUCAAGCUGGUGAAGUAACUUACGCUGACGCGCACAAGCAACAUAGAAAUGAAGGCGUGGUGGAGUUCGCUACGCACUCGGAUAUGCGCGCCGCCAUCGAAAAGCUGGACAACACUGAAUUGAAUGGGCGGCGCAUCCGUCUGGUGGAGGACCGGCGCUCUUCGCGUCGCCGCACGCGCUCGUCGUCGAGCCGCAGUCGCAGCCGCUCGCGCGCGCGCCGCAGCCGAAGCCGCUCUAGGGCCGGUCGUAGCCGUUCCCGCUCCAAGUCCAAGGGCAAGAGCAAGAGCCCCGCUGCCAAGUCCCGUUCUAGAUCACGAUCCAAGGAUCGCAGCCGCUCGAAGUCGCGCUCCGGCUCGCCGCGCCGCGCCGACCGCCGCUCCGGCUCGCGCGGCUCCGAGCGCAAGUCAGAGGACCGCAACGGCCACCGCUCCAAGUCCAGGUCGCCCGCCAAGUCCAAAAAAACCGAGGCAAAGCCAGCAAGGGAAAGAUCUCGAUCUCGGAGCAAGGAGGCGGGUUCUCCCAAGCGCGAGGAGCGUGAGGAACGUCGCGUAAGCAAGUCUCGGUCGCGGUCCCGCUCGCGCUCCCGGUCAGCGUCGCGCGGCCGCUCCCGCUCGCGCGACCGCUCCGCCUCCCGCUCUCGCUCGCGCUCCCGCUCGCCGCGACAGAACGGCGACGCUCCCGACGACCGCUCCCCGCGCUCCGGCGACUAGACAUGCCACGUACACCUAUGCGAGAUCUCAACUGCUAUACUGACCUGAUUAUCUUAUACCAAAUACAUACCGAUUAAGUGGCUUCUCUUAAGCAAACGCAACGGUGUAAGGGCUGAUUUGUAAGGAUUAAUAUAUUUUAAGCAGGUUCAGUGUAGUCGUUUUGGUACUAAUAUUAAGCGAUUUUAUAGUUGUAAUUUCAUUCACCCCAUCUAGGAACCUAUCCAGCAUGGCCAGAGUGAGAUGGUUCAAAACUUCACAAAUGACAUUGUAUUGCAGACUUUUAGAAGGUAAAAAACCUAUUACUACUACUAUUUUACCUUUGUAAAUUGAAAGUGCACGUAAAUAUACACUAGUGUUGACCGUUUAAUGGACACUGCUCUUUGGGCCCGUGAACAUAUUAUACGUAAUAAUUUGUUGUUAUUUGACACAAGUGACCAUCAAUCUAUUUCUUUGUGCAAAAAUGUAUAAGCACGACAAAUUCGCGCAUUAAAUUUAAAAACAUACAAUAAUUUAAUUGUUAAAAAGUAUUGUUUUAAGGGAAUUUUAAUUAUAUUUUUAAUGUAAUAGGUUUUGACACGGUUUCAAAGUACAUUGUUACUUGACCGACUGGCGGACGAUCGGAGGCAAUCCUAUUCGAUAGGCUUAUUUUGUAAAUAUCUAAUUUUAUUAUUAGCUCUUAUAGAGUGAGAUUCCAUUGUACAUUUUAUGCACCCAUCUGUUUUUGUCAACUAUGUAUGUCAUACUGUACGUUGUUCUAGCUAGAACGGAGCAAAUGGGUUUCAAAGUUCGGGAUCUCUGGCUAUUAAGAAUAAAUUAAGUAACAGUAUA